UCGUUGGUCGAAAUGAAAACCUAUAAAUAAAAGUCUCUCUCAUCUCCCUUAGCUUCAAUAACAGCCUCAUUUGCCAAAUCCCUAUUUGCUCGCUUGCUCACUCGAGAGACUGCGAGCAAUGGAGAUGGCCAGUGGCUUCCACGGAACUCUCAGUCUCAAACAAUCGCUUCUCACUGACCAGUCUCGCCGAACUUGUAACCCCAACCCUUGUAGGAGCUCCUCUUCUCUUCUUCUCCAAAAACAAAUCUUCGGUCGGGGCUUCCCUUUGGCUCUAACAACUAAUAAAUCUCUGAAUUUUUGCCAUACUUCGAGUACUUCGAAUCGUACUGCAAUCAAAUGUUCCGUCUCUGAGGUCACGGAAACUGCUACUGGCAAAAAGAAUCAGUUAAUGACGAGAAGAGAUAUUAGGAAUAUAGCAAUUGUUGCUCAUGUAGAUCAUGGGAAAACAACUUUGGUGGAUGCAAUGUUGAAACAAUCAAAGGUUUUUCGUGACAACCAGUUUGUUCAGGAAAGGAUAAUGGAUUCGAAUGAUCUAGAACGUGAAAGGGGAAUUACAAUACUAAGUAAAAAUACAUCAAUCUCCUAUAAGGAUAUGAAGAUAAACAUAAUUGAUACUCCAGGGCACUCUGACUUUGGCGGCGAAGUGGAACGUGUCCUUAACAUGGUGGAGGGAGUUCUUCUAGUGGUAGAUUCUGUGGAGGGCCCAAUGCCACAGACAAGAUUUGUUCUAAAGAAGGCUCUGGAGUUUGGGCAUGCUGUUGUUGUUGUUGUCAAUAAGAUUGAUAGACCUUCAGCUCGUCCAGAGUUUGUGAUCAAUUCGACUUUUGAAUUAUUUAUUGAAUUAAAUGCAACAGAUGAACAGUGUGACUUUCAAGCAAUAUAUGCGAGUGGUAUCAAGGGGAAGGCUGGACUCCUUCCAGAAGAUCUGGCGGAUGAUCUUGGACCACUUUUUGAGGCUAUCACCAGAUGCAUACCUGGGCCACGUAUUGACAAAGAUGGUGCAUUGCAGAUGCUUGUAACAAGUACCGAGUAUGAUGAGCAUAAAGGACGAAUAGCCAUUGGGCGCUUGCAUGCUGGGUUUCUGGAGAGAGGAAUGGAUGUAAAGGUAUGUACCUCAGAUGAAGCAUGCAGAUAUGGAAAAGUUAGUGAGCUUUUUGUGUAUGAGAACUUCGGUAGGGUUCCUGUGGAGAAUGUAGAAGCUGGUGAUAUUUGUGCUCUUUGUGGUAUUGGUGAUAUUAUGAUUGGAGAGACAAUUGCUGAUAAAACUUUUGGCAAACCUUUACCUGCCAUUAAGGUGGAGGAGCCAACGGUGAAAAUGGCUUUCUCUAUCAACACUUCACCUUUUGUAGGCCGUGAGGGAAAGUAUGUAACUAGUAGAAAUCUGAGAGAUCGACUAUAUCGUGAACUCGAGAGGAAUUUGGCUAUGAAAGUUGAAGAUGGUGAAACUGCAGAUACAUUCAUUGUUAGUGGGAGGGGUACUUUGCAUAUCACCAUACUCAUAGAGAACAUGAGAAGGGAAGGCUAUGAGUUCAUGGUGGGGCCACCCAGGGUAAUCAACAAAAGGGUGAACGAGAAGUUGCUGGAACCUUUUGAGAUUGCUACUGUUGAGAUACCAGAAGAAUAUAUGGGACCUGUGGUCGAACUUCUAGGGAAAAGGCGUGGGCAAAUGAUUGAUAUGCAAGGAUUAGGGUCAGAGGGAACAUCAUUAAUCAAAUAUAAGAUACCAACUCGUGGUCUUCUUGGAUUGCGAAAUGCAAUUCUAACAGCUUCUCGUGGAACUGCAAUCCUCAACACAAUAUUUGAUACUUAUGGACCAUGGGCAGGAGAUAUUAACACCCGAGAUCAGGGUUCACUGGUUGCGUUUGAGGAUGGAACCAGUACAUCGUAUGCUCUUUCAAGUGCACAAGAGAGAGGUCAGAUGUUUAUCAGACCAGGUGAGGAAGUCUAUAAAGGCCAAAUAGUGGGCAUCCACCAGCGUCCUGGUGACCUGUCCCUUAAUGUUUGCAAGAGGAAGGCUGCAACCAAUGUACGUUCCAAUAAAGAACAAACAGUAAUUCUUGAUACUCCCUUGGCUUAUAGUCUGGAUGACUGCAUAGAGUACAUUCAGGAAGAUGAGAUGGUUGAGGUGACUCCACCAAGUAUCAGAAUGUGCAAAAACCCAAAGCUUGCAAAGAAAAAGUAUUGAUUGUAAGAGAACCUUGUGAUUUGUGAACAUGCGAUCUCAGCUUCCUGCGAUACAGAAAACCAAUUUAAUUGGGGCAAUCAAAUGUAUACUAUUCCAGUUGGUGCAACUCCUUAUGUGGGAUUUCUCCUCGCAAAGAUUACAAAGUAGCACUGGACAUAGAUUUUGUACGUAACUAGUUGUAAACUUGAAUCGGUGAGGGAUUUACAGGUGACGAUGAGUAAGGUUCUCUUCCUGAUGUUGUAUAUAAUGGUUCAGAACCUCAGUGUUGUAUAACUCAGGCUCUCAAAUGUCUCUCAUGUUUGUGAACUAAUUCCUGAUCCUCACAAUGCAGCUCUUACACUAUUCAUUAGACUGGCGGUGAUUGCUACCAAAAUCAUAGGAAUUGUCAAAAAGGUUUUUGUUAUUA